GUUAGACAAGUACCCUCUAUUCAUCUGCCAUUCUUUCCCUGCCAUGGCUGUUAUCUGCGACCGACUACUCUCAACAGGCUCGUGCGACGUCGUCACUUGCCGUGCGAACCAUAAUGUAUCCACAUGUGAUUUAUGUCGACUAGUAUUUCCCUCUACUCAGGCCUACACCGAUCACCUCUCGCAGAAAGAACACAAGGAUGCGCUCCAAAAGCAGGGCUCAAAUUGGUUUUUCUGCUAUCUGUGCAGUAUUCAUAUCUCGGGUCACCGUUCUUUUACUACUCAUAUCCAAUCCUCUGGCCACUUACGACGAGCAAAACGAGCAGGUGUUGCUCCCAAAAUCCCGGCACAGCAGUCAGAGGUUAUUCCGGGCCAAAGGCUCUGCACUUCUUGUAACAAGCAGAUCCCCGAGCAGGCGUGGAAUCGACAUGUCGCGACUGUGAAGCACAAGAGCAAAGAGCAGUUUGCGUCCUUUUCUGUGGUGUUGGAAGAAGCGGAGAAGGACAAGCAUGGAGUGAUCGUCAAAGAUGACCUCGACUUCAAGAUCGUCGGGCGAUCGUCUGCACAGAAAGGUGUCAAGAUUUCAGUUCCAAUCAAAACAACGGUGCGGAAUGCGAACAUCAAGCUCGUCAAGACACGACUCGCGUCUUCAAGGGGUAAUACCGUUCCCACUCCUUUUACGGUCACGGUCAACAAUACGGCGUUGAGUUUAGCUCGCACGAUUAUCCUCACAGUCACCGCUAAGCAGAAUCACGUUGGCAGAGCGGAAGAUCGUCUAGAUCUCAUCUUUGAAGAUCUUACCCUUCGGACGCAGUUCAUCAUAUCUCGCCCCAUCUACCUUAUCGUCGGUAGCAAGGCCGACCACAAGGCCCUGAAGCCCAAAUCUGCUUAUAUCCCUACAGAACGGACAACCCGUCACCCGGAGCUACAGAUUGUGGAGGGCGUGAGGCCUCCGGCGCUAACAGUCAUUCCUUAUUCGAUCACCUUACCUUUCGCUGACAUCCCGAAGCCGCUCUUGGACACAAUAUCCUCGGGAACCGUACCUGAAAUUACGAAGAAGGUCAAGGAGUUGUACUUACCCCAGAGCAUUGACGGUGCUUCAUAUGGACGGUUUUAUCAGAUCUUAUUAUGGGUAGAGGAACACAAGCAAUCGCAUGACCUACACGGUUAUGAUAUCAAGGAUGCUACACUUACUCCUCGUAAUAAAUACGACUGUCUUAAAGUCCCAGGCUUAGCCGAGAAACGUCCAAGCGUGUUGAUUGGCGAUAGCAUUCUUGUGCGAAAGAAGGACGCUCCAGAGGGACAUUGGUUCUCUGGAGGCGUGCACACCGUCACACUGGAAGAAGUUGGGCUCCGCUUCAGUCCGAAAUUCAAAGCGUCCCCGUCGGAUCGGUUCCACGUCAGAUUCAAGUUGAACCGGAUUCCCCUUCGGCGUCAGCACCAAGCCCUAGAGACGGCCUUCGCUCCAGGGCGUCUACUUCUACCGUUAGCGACACACAUCUUGCAGCCGGCUCCUGCCUUUCCAUGGACUGCCAUCAACCCUCUGAUCGACACAAAUGCAAGGCAGCGCCAAGCUGUCGAUUGCAUUCUUCGCCAAAAACCCGGGACGGUCCCGUUCGUAAUCUUUGGCCCCCCCGGUACCGGGAAAACCGUGACAGUGGUGGAAGCCAUCCUGCAAAUCCUCCGCACUAAUCCUAACGCCCGCAUCCUUGCCUGCGCGCCGAGUAACUCGGCAGCCGAUCUCAUUGCUCAACGACUGAUGGAAUUAAGCAGUGAUAAACUGUUUCGUUUUUACGCCCCAUCCCGACCCAAGAUUGCUGUUCCCGAUAACCUCCAGCCAUACACGUUCAUGAAGUCAGAGUAUUAUGCCAUCCCAAACAGCGACAAGGUCAAGCAAUUCAAAGUGAUCGUGACAACGUGUGUAUCUGCAGCGGUGUUCUUCAAUAUCGGGGUACAGCGUGGGCAUUUUACGCACAUCUUCAUUGAUGAGGCGGGGCAGGCGAAUGAGCCUGAGGCGAUGAUUGCAGUGAAGAUGAUGGCGGAUAAUAAGACGAAUGUCGUGCUGUCGGGAGAUCCUAAACAGCUUGGACCAGUCAUCCGAUCGGCUGUCGCGCGGGACCUCGGACUGGAUACUAGCUAUAUCGAGCGUCUGAUGCGGAGAGACAUCUACGAUGAGGUCGGGGGACAUGGUCGAUCCGUUGUCAAGCUCACCCAGAACUUCCGUUCGCAUCCUGCAAUACUCAAGUUUCCUAACGAGCGCUUCUACAAGGGAGAUCUCCAGCCAUGUGCUGAUCCUAAUAGCGUUGGUGUCUUUAUCGGAUCAGACCAUCUCGAGGCCAAGGAUUUCCCCAUCGUGUUCCACGCUAUGGCUGGUAAGGACGAUCGUGAGGCGUCUUCCCCAUCGUUCUUCAACAUCGACGAGGUGUCACAGGUCAAGACCACGGUUGAGGAGCUCCUGGGAGAUGCGAAGCUGAAGCUCACGGCUGACGAUAUUGGUGUUAUUGCGCCUUAUCAUGCUCAAGUCCGCCGGAUCCGGAAAACGCUAAAGGGAGUUGCUGAAGGAAUCCAAAGUGGGAGCGCUGAAGAGUUCCAAGGCCAGGAACGUCCAGUGAUCAUCAUAUCGACCACCAGAAGCAGCAAGGACUUCAUUGAGUUCGAUCUUCGUCACACUCUAGGAUUCGUCGCGAACCCACGCAGGUUCAACGUUGCUGUAACACGGGCGAAAGCUCUGCUUGUCAUAAUAGGAGAUCCCACCGUGCUUUCUCUGGACCCGCUCUGGCGCUCGUUCUUGAACUACGUCUACAAGCGCGGAGGUUGGAGAGGGCUGCCUAUAUCUUGGGACCCAUACGCAGAUGUCGACGAGACAGGUGGAUACGACCGUGCCAUGCGUGAGGCGGCUCAAGCAGAGAUGGAUGAACUUACACGGCAGAUGGAGGCUAUGGCUUCGACUAGUGUUCAGGAUGAGGUUCUUGAUGAACCGUGGCAGAGGCAUGACGGCUGAUCUCGAAUUCGCCGUUGCAAAUGUUCGUUCAUCCGAUGUUCGCUGGGGUGCUCACUGGUCUUUUAAUAGCUGCUAAAAAAGAACUAUGAAGGCGAUAGGUCUGUUAGCAAGUUGAUAUCAUAGACUGGUCGUAGGUUGUAAUUUAUCUUUUCGCUUUUGACAUUGUGAGAGUAAGUAGCUGGAGUGCUGCUCGAGAUGUGGGGGAGGGACACCACAACUUGUAGCGUAAGCCGAACAUUUUUCUUCAGCGUAGCUUUAUUCAGGACAUGCCUAUUAACUCACAUCAGUCACCUCGAAAGUCGCC